AUGGCGGAGCAGAAGGAAGGGGGUCUAAAGCUGCUGCCGGGGCUGCUGUCUGAGCUGCUGCCGGCUCAGAUAGCACCGGGACUGAAAGAGCAUUCAAAUCACGAACAGCAGCAGAAAGAAGCAGAGGAGAGGGGCGGUUCUGAUGAAAGAAGCUGGGAUGAGCAGCGCUGGCGAGAGAAGCAGCAAGCGCAAGACGAGCAGCAAGAAGGGGUUCAAAGACAGAAGGCUGACGAGACAAGAGCAACGAAUUCCUCGCACGCGACAAGCAUGGGGGAAGAAAGCGAGGGCCGCUUCGGUCAGCUGCUGCCCGAGAAGACUGAAGCAGAGGCGAUGCUAGAGGGGACCGAUGAGCUGAUCGAGAAUCAGCAAGAGCAUGCGCGAGAGGAAGAGCAAUCACAGACCGAGGAGCAGCAGUUACAGGAGUUUCUCAGACAAAUGGACACCAGAAGUGAGUCUCAGACCCAUCGGUUAGUCGAAGAUGACAUUCAAGGGGACAUGCAGUGCACCGAGUGCCGGAGCGAAAUCCGGGGAGAGAAAAUGAAGCCGUCCGUUGGCCGGCGGGCGGAACUGCCGGUGGACGAGAGGGCGACUGCAACCAUCCACGUGGCACUACGCAACGCAAAGUGCGCGUUUACGUGCGCGGAGAAGACGCUGGCCGACCUGCAAGAUCUCACGUACAUGUACGCCCAGAAAGCCGGGACCUCCCCUCAAGCUUUGGGCUUCGAAGAAGACCUCCUGCUUCCGCCGUUCAAAACCCUCAUGCCCUCCAAACCCCUCGGCGCGGUGGGCGGCCGCGGGCUCUAUGGCCUGGUGACAAAUCUCGUAAGCCUGCCGGCGAAAGCGGCCGUCGCGGCCGCGUGCGCGGUCGUUGCCGCGAACGAAUACACGUACGAAGUCUCCGUGGACUUUAUGGAGGCGGCUGCGCGCGCGGGGGGCGCGGUUCUCAGCGCGGCCGCGGGGCUAGGGGCCGCUGCCGCGGGGCGUGCGGCAAUGGAAGGCGCGAAACCAACGGCGAAAAGCGUGAUGAACGGGCCGCAGAAAAUGGGCUACUAG